AUGACUGGCUACAAGUAUCUAAGUGACAAUCUGGAUGAUAGUCAAUCUGAGGCAUCAGACAACUUGCAUGAUGACCAGACCACAGAUGUCCUCACUGAGCCGGGCUCAGACAAUAAAGAACUGGACCUAGAGCAUAUGUUUGCUAUGAACACAUCCAAUGCACUCCUGUGGCUACACCAAUAUGGCUACCUCAAUGACAAAUCCAGCACUUAUCACCAAAAAGUUUCACUUGCACUUGCUCACCCAGCAUCAAGGCAGCUGCAACUGCUGAUUUCACACUAUCACCACCCCCAAUCUCUUGUCAGCUUCAAUGUCCUCACUGUCAUUUAUAACAACAUCAGCACCACUUACAUCAAUAUUUCAGCAGCCAUUCUAGCUGGCUGCCAGGGCUAUCCUAUUCAUUGGGACAUUCCUGGCAGCUUGUUCCUUGACGCAUUCCCCAUGGCUGAUAGGUGCCAUUCCCAGGGACCAGAUUGGUAUAUCACUGGUUUAUUGCUGUCACUGACUCUUGCAUCAAAUUUGUUCAAGGAUCAAAUCAACUUGCUGAAACUUGAUGCACUUAACUUGAGCUGUUGCAUUGGAACCAUGCUCAUAUGUCUUGACACUUUCAACACACUCCUGAUGGGCCUGGCCAAACAUGAUAUGUCACACAUGCAGCAGCUGCUGAUAAGCACAGCCCACCAUCAUGGUGACAGUGUGCACACUGUCCUCAACUGUGUUGGCAAGACCAUCAAGAUAGUCUACAAGCUGUGUGGGUAUACUCAGGACAGCUUAGAGAUUGUGAACUUGAUCUACCUCCUUGGUGGCAAUCAGCUCUUGGUUGCAUGUAACUCUUGGGCUCCCUUCUUGCUGUUUGUUCAUCUGAAACUGCACAUUCAACAACACCAACACAACUAUUGA